AUGGCGGAAGAGCCAGAAGCGGUCAAGCCGGCGGAGCCGGUGGCGCUGAGCGUGCCUGCUGAUCUCAACCUUCUCCACUUCUUGGGCCGGGAUGAGCUCUGCGACUGCACAAUCAGGAUGCCGGGCACGGAGUUGAGAUGCCACCGCCUCGCGCUGUGCUCCUGCUCCGGCUUCUUCUUCCGCGGUUUUCUGGCAUCCGGGGCACCGGAUGUGCUAGACCUGCCCGAGCUCCCAGAGGAUGCCGAGCUCCGGCGUCAACUCCCGGUGCGGCGCCUCUUUCAGCAGGUCCUGCGCUUCGCCUACGCGGGGCAGCGCUGGGAGGCGCUGGAGGCCGACGAAACUUCGCCGGCGCCGGACUGCUGCGGGCUGUUGGCGCUGGCGCUGGUCCUGGAAGCCCCGGCUCUGCGAGAGGCCGCCUACGGGGCGCUUGUGCCGGAGCCAGGCACUGCCACCAAACUGCUGUAUGUGGCUACGCUGCUGCAAAGCCGCUUCGAGGGCUUCCGGCCCUUCCUGGAGAGCUGCCAGCAGCAAGUGCUCGAGGGCUUUGGCGUGCUGGACGCCGCGCAGAAAGGGCUGCUGGCCAAGCUUCCUGUGGACCUACUGGUUUACCUUUUGGAGCAAGACGCACUGAAUGUGCCGGAUGAGGGCACCGUGCUGCGCUUCGUGCGGCACGUGCUGUGGCGCCGCCUGGCGCGGCCGGCGAUGGCGCAGCUGGCCGUCUCGGGCACCGGGGUGGCGCAGCCUGCAGAAGGUCAGCUGCUCUGGGAGUCACUCGCUCUGGAGGAGCCCGGCUUCGCCCCGCCGGUGCCGCGCUUCUCCGCCGCAGCCUUGGGAGAAGGCGCGGCCAUCCCUGAGCUGACGCACCGCCUGCCGGAGGUGCCUGGCCGCGUGAUGCUGCGCGCCCUGCGGGAGGACGAGGUGGUGGCAUUGGCGGAAGUGCCGAUUCGUCGGCCGCAGGAGCCAGGAGCUGCUGUGGACCUUCAAGUGCAGGCAGCGGGUGUGGACGGGCAGCCGGUGGGUAUGCUGCAAGUGAGGUAUACGCUCAGCGAGGCGCAGGAGCCAGAGGCGCCGGAGCCUGCCGCACCCGAGGGAGCAGCGCCGGAAGCGCCGGAAGCGGAAGCGGAGGCGCCGAAGGAGGUGGUGCCGGACCAGCUGCUGACGGAAGAGGAGGCACGGCGGCUGCUGGGGGCGGUGCGCUUCUCGCAGCUGGAGCAUCAGCAGCUCCUGGAGGCGGUCAAGGACCCGCUGCUGGCCCAGGCGGGCGCACAGCCUCUGCUCCUGGAGGCUCUGUCCACGCGCCUGGCGCGCUAUGAGGCGGUGGACGGCGUCGAGGCGAUUGAAGCGGCGGCGCGGCCCUCCACACGAGGCCGAGCUCGAGAGCCAUCGGCGGAGCCAGCGGAGCCGGAGCCGGCGGUGCCGCCAGCGCCCGAGGCGCCGGCGCCGCCGGAGCUGCCCGCGCCGCAGUCCCCGGCAGCGACGAUGACGCUGGGGCGAGGAACCGGCACCGUGCUCUUCCCUUGCGCCUGCGGUGAGGGGCGCAUGCAGCUGCGGCAGGCGGAGGGGCGGUGGCUGGCAAAGUGCAACCGCCUCGCCAGCUGCGGCCGCGUCUUGUGGCUCCCGACCAGCGUCAUGGGAGCCGCUGUGGACGGCCACUGCGCGGUGUGCGCCCUGCGCUUGGGCGGCGAGGUGCGCACUCUGACGGUGCGCUUGAGCCGCGACCAGCUGAGAGCCUUGCGGAAGCUGCCGCAGGGGGUGGACACCAUGCGUGGCUUGUGCGUCGCUGGCUGCAAUGACAUGCUGUCGCUCCUGGCCUGA